AUGGACAUCGGCACUCACCGCCCCUCCCUCGAACGCGUCACCACCGACGAGAAGCUCUCCCUCGCCGCCUCAAACACAGUCUACACCUACCACUGCCUCUGCACCCACCUCCUCCUCGCCACCUCAACCCCCCUGGCCGAGCUCCCAACCCGCACAAAGUCGCUCGACAGGGCACACAUCAUGCCGCUCCCCCCGGCACCCGCGCCCACGUCUCGUCAGGCCCAGAGCACCACCUCCGCCGACCACUACGGCUGCAUCAUCUCCAUGAACCUGGACCAGGAUCCCACUAUCGUGCAGUCGGACGCUGGUUUCGAGAAGCGCUACCUCCAGCGCUGCGGCCGCUGCAACCAGAUUGUCGCCUACCAUCUCGACUGGCAGCAAUACCCCGGAGCGACGGACGGCCAGGGCCACAACCGCUUCGGCCGCCGCGAGGACGUCGUCUAUCUCGUUCCCGGGGGAUUCGUCUCGACGAGCGAGAUGCUGAGGGGGAAGAUGCCUAGUGGUGUCGCCGUGUCGGAGUUGAAGCUCUGA